UAAGCCCUCUGAUGAGCCCCUUCGCAAGGGCGAAACCCGCACAAAGUCCCUACCUUUCGGGUUCGAACCCCAAAGCUGCCUAAUAGCUUCGAAAUAAAAGAAUUACAAGCAACAUCCGAUUUUCAAAAUCCACUUCAACAAUUCUCUACCUUUGCAAACGAAGAUGUCGAAAUGCAGGCCCCUCUGGCUGAAAGUUCUUUCUUUGUCAUACCCGACACAAAUGUUCUUCUACACUAUCUUGACGCCCUCGCCGCUUUUGCUGAUGAUGUGAAACGCUCUAAUCUUCAUGUCAUGAUUAUAGUACCUUCUGCGGUGGUCGACGAGUUAGAUUGGCAAAAGAAAGACAUUUGGUUCUCUAGGAAAGCCUCAGUUUGGCUCUGGGACAUGAUUCAAAAAAAGAACGUAUUGAAAGGUCAAGGUAGAAAUGAACAUAUACGGAGUUACCGGGAAUGUAAAAAUAACGAUGAAAGAAUCAUUGAUUGUGCCCUUUACUUUGCUCGAAAACGACCGACUGUCCUGUGUAGCGCAGACCGGAAUCUCUGUAUCGAUGCCGUGGCGCAAGGUGAACACAACUUAGCUGUCAUGAACCCUCACGACCAUAAAAAUCCUCGUUGGAGUUCUCGCGUUCUCGGAACAUUUCUUUUUGGAUCGCAAUUCGAAGAAUCUAUCUUCCAGCAAUGGAGACCAAGUUACACAGAAGAAUCCAUCGUUAUCGCCCGUUCGGAUGAUGACAUGGGUAUGGACAUGGACGUGGAUACGAAUGAUGCCCAAGGAUCCGAGCUUUAUCAAAGCGAUGCGCGCACUUUGUUACACAGCCAAGUAAUCGAUAUAUUUGUUGCGCUCUUGAGGGAACUUGUAGCGGCCGAUCAACGAGACCUUCAAACGAAGGCUAGAGAGGGAGCUGCAGCUUCGAUACAUGCUCCAUCUACGUUGAGAUCAAUCCACGCUCCUAAACGAGACGUGAAGGUGUCCGAUAUGGCUUUCGAAGACAUUCUUAAUUACGUGGCGCACCCUCCUGGUUGUCGUCCUAUCAACUUACGGGAAGGCAACCUAUCCCUGACAAGGUUUCUUUCCAAGCCUUAUCAGGCAUACACAGGGUGGCGCAAUGGAAAUGACUGGUCGAGACAAGAUUGGCUUAUCGCGCUGAAAAAGUUGAAAGAGAUCGGAGAGGCGUGGGGAAAGAGAGGUGGAGAUAUUGUCAAUAUCUUGAAAUAUGAUCUUCUGCCGCAUAUCCAAGCUGUUUUCUGCGAUGAUGAUAUACGACUAUAGAUUGCUCUCUUCUAUGUAUACUACAGUAGUUUUGAAGUAAGUCAGUGUUUAGAUGAAACCUCAACGUCAACACCUAGUCGGAACAGUCGUUGUCCUAUCGUCUGGACGAAGUUCCCAUUCUUGAUGGAAAUACUCGCUGGAAUGCUUCAGAACAUGGCCAGAAAGAGAGGAUACCGAGGAUUCUGCACCAGACUUG